AUAUUUGUCAUUGUCAUGUCUUCUGCUGUUUUCUGACCUAUGGAUUUCUGUAUAUUGUAGAGGUUAGAAGAUAAUUCUAAGGAGAAACAUUAAGUUUAGCGUUCUUUAAAGACAAUUAUUAUUAUAUAAAAACUUUGAAGGAUGGCAACCGCUGCUAGGAAGCAGGAUAUGCCUCCUCCCGGAGGAUUCAGGCCAAUUAAUUAUGAAAGAAUUCCAGCAAGAGCAUACUUUUCAGGACCACAGAUAUUCCUAGGAUUCAUCGGUGUCACAGCUGCCAGUAUAUAUUUGUACAGGAUCAACUACAAGAACGAAAUGCGACGUAGGAUUGAACAGCGCAGCUCAGUCCAUGCUAUUGUUCCUUUGCUGCUAGCAGAGCGAGACAGAGCUUUCCUAAAGCAGCUGCGUGUGAACCGAGAUCGGGAAGCAGAGCUGAUGAAGAAUGUGGAGGGGUGGGAGACUGGCACCCUCUAUGGUGAACCUAUCUACAAGACUGUUUCUGAGGACACCUUGAUUGAACCUCGCCUCCGCGAGUGGUACAUCCACAACUCUUAUGGUGAUGCCAAGAAGCGACUUGACCUCAGAUUCAACGAUUAGGGAGUUCAAAUAGAAGGUAAUAACAUCAGAAGUACUGUAUGUAGAUGGUGAGUUCGUUAAUGAGUUUAAAAACUUGUAUACAGAAUUUAAUAAUCUUGAAUAAAUAAAAUGUUUGGCAAUUCCAAUUUA